CGCCCCGCCUCUCCAUCCCCGCCACGCUAGGCCGGGAGGUCAGUAGGAAGCCUUCGGCUAGUGGCGAGAAAGGACCCAGGUUUCGGGCAGGGGGCUCUGCGGGUAGUUGGAGAUGAGCAUUUAGAGGGGCACUGAGACCUCUUACCACCUACCUCUCUACCCGCCCACCGAGGACGGCGCUACCCACUCCAGCCGUACCAACGCUGCCUUGGGGUAGAAAGGAGUCUCUUCAGGCACAGCUCCUGACCUCCACGGAAUUGCUCAAAAGUAGGGCCUCAGGGCUCAGAGCAGUUGCGAAUGGGUACCAAGAAUGAAAUUCCAGAACCGGACUGCCAGGAACAGUUCCAGGCCGCGGUCAGAGUCAUUCAGAACCUGCCUAAGAACAGUGAUGGCUAUUACCGCCCCUCCUACGAAGAGAUGCUUCGAUUCUACAGCUACUACAAGCAGGCUACCAUGGGGCCCUGCCAGGCUCCCCGGCCUGGGUUCUGGGACCCCAUUGGACGAUAUAAGUGGGAUGCCUGGAACAGCCUGGGCAAGAUGAGCAGGGAGGAGGCCAUGUCCGCCUACAUCGCUGAGAUGAAGGUGGUAGCACAGAAGGUGAUUGAUACGGUGCCACUGGGUGAGGUGGCAGACGACAUUUUUGGUUACUUUGAGCCCCUGUACCGGCUGAUCCCUGACAUGCCAAGGCCCCCAGAAACCUUCCUGAGAAGGGUCACAGGUCAGGCCCCCACAAUGGGAGCUCCACAAGUGUUGGAAAGAGCAGGUACCGAAUGGAAAUGCUGGGGCUGCCCCAGAGCCUCCCUGCCUCCCCAAGGAACCAGCACCCCCAAGCCCAGGUCAGUGGCUGGGCAGGAGGGGCAGAGGGUCAAACGCAGGCCAGGAUUGGGGAGACAUCCAGAGUCUCAGCCACCCAAGGACCUGGACUCUGAGGUUUUCUGUGAUUCUUUGGAACAGCUGGAGCCUGAGCUGGCCUGGGCAGAGCAGAAGGGCGCCCCUGGAGGAGAGCCUGACAACAGAAACAGCCCUGUGCCCCCAACAGAGAAUGACUGGUUGAAAGGCAGCCUGCCCGGGCCCCAGGAAUUGGACGCAUGGCUGGUGGGGACAGUCCGAGCACUGCAGGAGAGCAUGCGGGAUGUCCAGGGAAGACUGCAAAGCCUGGAGAGCAUGCCUGGCCCCCCUAGGCAGCUGCUCUGUCUGUCCAUCCAGCCCAGGAGCACAUGCCGCAGCUGGUUCCUGUCCUUUUAAGGCUCUUGUAGUCCAGACCAGUCCAUGUUCCUUCCUAUCGACUUGCGAAGGAGACUCAGCCAGUGGUCCUGUAGAAAUGUUCCAUUCUGGGGGGACUGCCUACAUCCUGGUGGCUAGUUUACAUGACCAGGUUUCAUCAGAGGUGACGUCCUUCACACCAGGGGAUUCGUAUCUGGGCGUACACCCAUGAAUGAUUCUAACACAGACCACUCCCAUGGAUAAAGGGCUGGCGGCCUCAUCCCACCACUGUGAAGUCGUUUUGCUCUUGGAGGCAGGGCAGGGCCAGCUCCCUGUCUGCCCCAUUUGUCACACAGGCUUUGACAACAGUUGAUAGGUAAUUCUUGUUUAAUCAAUAAUUUAUUUAAUGGUUGCCGAGAAAGUUUACUUUUAAAUUCUUUUAUUCCUUUAAAAUUUAUUAGCUGUUAUUUUCCAGUACUUGCCUUGAUUAUCUAGGAUUUCUCUGAAAUAGUGCCUUAUGAAAAAGCAGAAUAAGUGCUUAAUUCUCUUUAAUUCUCUCUUUUUUAAAGUAAAGAGUUGAUUUAACAGUCUCAGUGGUGACAAAUCUCCAACUUACUCUUUUUGAGUAUCAAUGCAGACUCACGAAUUACAGACUCAGUAUUUCGGUCAACUGCAACCACCCUUCUUUUUGAUGCUCAGAUUGUCACAGCUCUGGUCAGCAGAGACCCUUUCAGGUUGGGGCCUAUCAUGACCUUGUUCAUCUCUAAAAGCUUCCUUGCUUUCUGGCACAAGAUGUCUCUCAUUCACCUCUGCCUUUCCUGCUCCAGACCUGGAACCAGCCACUUCUCCAAGGAGCCCUGGCUCCUUUUAGCAAAGAAUAUUUAGAGACUAAUAUCUGAGGAUUCAGGUCCUCAUUUGAAAUAUGUGGCACAUCCUUUAGAAUAUGGGUCUCAGGCCACGCCAGCAGGGCCAUUGUAGUCAGUCCUUCCACCCACUCAGCAGCCCCUCCCUCCUCCAGGCCUCUUGGCACCUCGGAUUGUCCUGGAAGGAGGACAUGGGAGUGAAUACAGCUAAUCUGUCAGGGACAUGCCAGGAACCCCAGGAUCCCUUCCCUUCUAGUGGUGCAGAUAUGGGGUCAGGGGCUUCUCUGACCCAGUCCUCACAAUCUUGAGGAAGUAGAAGCUCCCGCUGAGUUCUGCAAUCAGGUUCCUAAGGAGGGCCCAGUCGGUGCAGAGGCGUGGGCUGGCCCCUGACUCCC